CAGUGUUCGAGAUUCCGGCGAUCAAAAUUCGGUGUUAACUCGUGUAUUGUCGGAGAUCAGCGACGGCUUGGAAUGAAGAUACACCAGGAUCUAACAUAGUCCUGCUUCUUGACCGGACAGUCUUCGCAAUUGCUUUUUCAUUCCCUGCCGCACGGUUGUCUUAUCGCAUCAACACUAGAACGCUAUCACGACACUCGACUUCAACCCCUUCAUAUUACACCACCAGCAUAUUCGAAAGGGCCAACGAGAUGAGCGCAAAAAAGGAGGAGAUCUUGCCGAUUGAGGGCAAGAAGAAUGUCCUCAUCACUUCCGCGCUCCCCUACGUCAACAAUGUUCCUCAUUUGGGCAAUGUCAUUGGUAGUGUACUGAGCGCCGACGUCUUCUCAAGAUACAGCAAGGCUCGAGGACAUCCGACCCUAUUCAUCUGUGGAACCGACGAGUACGGCACCGCGACAGAGACAAAGGCCAUUGAAGAGGGAGUUACACCACAGCAGCUCUGCGACAAGUACAACAAGAUCCAUAAAGAGGUGUACGAUUGGUUCGAGAUCGACUUUGAUCAUUUCGGCAGGACGCCGACUCAGCAACAGACGGAUAUUGCUCAAGACAUCUUCACCAAGUUGCAUCAGAAUGGCUAUCUGGAGGAGCGGACAACCGUACAGCCAUACUGUUCAAAGCACAAUGGCUUUCUCGCAGAUCGCUUUGUCGAGGGAGAAUGCCCGCUGUGUGGAUACAACGAUGCACGUGGAGACCAAUGCGAUAAAUGUGGGCAUUUGUUAGAUCCGCUCGACCUGAUCAACCCACGAUGUAAACUCGACGGCGCGACCCCCGAACCACGCGAGACGAAGCAUGUCUUCCUACUGCUAGAUAAACUUCAAGAUCAGGUCAGCAAAUGGUCGAAAGAGAGUGAUGAGAAGGGCAAGUGGAGUGAGAAUGGUAUCAAUAUCACCAAUGGAUGGUUGAAGGAAGGGUUGAAACCUCGAGGUAUCACGCGCGAUCUGAAAUGGGGAACAGCCGUUCCGCUGCCAGGUUAUGAGGACAAGGUACUGUAUGUGUGGUUCGAUGCCUGCAUCGGAUACGUCUCAAUCACCGCCAAUUACACAUCACAAUGGGAGAAAUGGUGGAAGAACCCAGAUAAUGUCGAGCUUUACCAAUUCAUGGGCAAGGACAACGUUCCCUUUCACACAGUUGUCUUCCCUUGCUCGCAACUCGGUACUGGUCAGAAGUGGACCAUGCUUAACACUCUCUCAACUACCGAAUAUCUCAACUAUGAGCACGGCAAGUUCUCAAAAAGUCGAGGUAUUGGUGUCUUUGGAACCAGUGCCAAGGAGAUUGGUAUCGCAGCGGAUGUCUGGCGCUAUUUCCUCCUCUUGCGUCGUCCCGAGACUAGCGAUACUGAAUUCGAAUGGGGCGGAUUCAUCACGGCCAACAACAGCGAGCUCGUCAACAACUUCGGCAACUUUGUCAACCGUAUCGUCAAAUUCGUGAACAACGCCGCCACGUACGACUCGGUCGUUCCAGCCUGGCCCGAGAAUCUCGACUCCUCCGUCACCGAAGGAUUCAAAGCCCAUAUCGCCGAGACCAAUGCCAAACUAGCACAAUACCGCACCGAAAUGGAUGCCGUGCACCUGAAACAAGGCAUUAUCCUGGCGCGGGACAUUUCCAGCUUGGGCAACAAGCUGCUUCAAGACACACGAAUUGACAACGCGCUGUUCGCCAACGAGCGCAGCCGCUGCGACGCCCUCGUCAACCUCGCGCUGAACCACGUCCACCUCCUCGCAUCCGUCAUCGCACCUUACCUCCCCGCCACGACCCGCAGUAUCCUUGCCCAGUUAUCGUCCGAAUUGCUCAUCAUCCCCGGCGACGACGAAAAAUGGCAAGCGGACAGCAUCAAAGGCGGCCACAAGAUCGGCAAAGCCGCACAUCUCUUCAAGACUAUAAAGCCGGAGAAGGAAGCGGAGUGGAAGGAGCUUUUCGGUGGAAUCGAAUUGAAGAAGGCAAAGGAGGAGGAGGCAAAAAAGAAGGCGGCUAAGAAGGCUGAUAAGGAAAAAAAGAGGGCGGCUAAAAAGGCCGCGGACAAAGGCGCUGUGAGCGUCGAGUCGGUGGAGAAGGAUGGCGUGCAGAGUGAUCCGAAGGCGGGCAGUGCGGUGGAGGAGGUCACGGAGGGUGUGAAGCAGGUCGCUUUACAAACAUCGUAG